AUGGCCGCAUCCAUAUAUGCCACCCCACCGCCCGACCUGAGUAGCGAAGACACCGCGCUCUCCGAUGUGUCCAAUUCAUCGACACUAAAUACAAAUCGGGGUAGUAGUAACAACAGCAGCAGCAACAAUAACAACGACAAGGAGAGAAAGCCACCGACAAGCGCCACGGGAAGCAACACAAAUGACAACGAUGCUGCGGUCGCUGGCGAAGGAGUAGGGGAAGGAGAUGGGGAGAUGGAGGACAGCAGCGAAGCGGGUCAAACGGCAAUGGCCGCAAUGGCAGCAGCCGCUAAUGCAGCCAUGCAGCUGCGUCUGCUGGAGGCACUCAAGAAGCGACGCAAACAAAACAAUCCCAGUCGCCUCGAAGCCUUGAAUCUAAGCGGCGAGGCCGAGGAGAGUGCAGCAGCCGCCGCCGCGGAGGCCGAAGCUGAAGCCGCAGCUAGCGUGGUGGACUAUGAAGAGAAGCUGUCCAAAAUGUUCUUGCCCAAGUCCAUUGAGAAGCUCAAGCAAACCUUCGAGUUGUUGCAGCAACAACAACAGCAACAACAGCAACAACAUUUGGAGGCAGAAGACAUAUCAGCAAAGCAGGCGGGAGAACAAGAGUCCGAACUCAUGAAGAAUCCUUAUCACACCUAUUGCAAGGAGUGCGGUGAGAAUUUUGAGAACGAGUUCAAACUCAGCCUGCAUAUGUUGCAGGAGCAUGCGGCAACAGCAACAGGCCAUGGAGGCGACAACAAUGACGAGCAACAACACGAACUGACGCCCAUGGACUUUCUUGCCUCCGUGAACGUGAAACUGGAACGCUCCGAUAGUCCCAUACAGUCCAGCCAAUCCGAGCAGGAUCAGACACAGUUACAACAGCAACACCAACACGAGCACGAACAGCAGCAACAGCAUUGGCUGCAGGCCAUGCCGCAUCCUGGCAUGCCUCCAGCCUUUCCCUUUGCUUCCGAGGCUGCCGCCGCGGCCGCUCUAAGUGCGGGCAGCUAUUUGCCGCUGCUGGGAAUGCCCGGAUUUCCACCCGUUGAUGGCUUGAAUCGGCCGCCACUGAGAAUCUUCAAUCCCGAGGCAUUCUGCGAGCUCUGCAAUAAGGAGUUUUGCAAUAAGUAUUUCCUGAAAACGCACAAGGCCAACAAGCACGGCAUAUUCGAUCCCGUUGGCGAUCUGGCCACUACUACCGGCAGCAAUAACAACAACAGCAGCAACACGAACAACAACAACAGCAGCAGCAACAAUAAUAACAACAAUGGAAAUGUAACUCCUUUAGGCAUGGGCGCCAUGAGUCAAAUGUUUCAGCAUCAAUUGCCAUCCAAAUCGGCAGCUGUUGCAGCAGCAACAACAACAAUUGACCCACUGCCACCCAGUGGUCAGCAGUUGACCCCACCAGCACCACCGACCGUGCAUUGUGACAUCUGUUCAAAGCGUUUUACCAAUGUCUUUGCCAUGCGUCGCCAUCGGGCCAAGGUGCACGCUCAAACGUCUCCGAACGGCACGCCACACCAGCAGCCACCGCAGCCACCGCAGCCACAGCCACCACAGCAGCAACAGCCACCGCAUCGCGUUAGUCCAAGUGAGCAGGUCAAGCAGGAGGUAGCCGAGUCCACUGUGGAACCGUCAAAAUCCAGUUUUCAAAUGCCCGACGGCUUCCGCGAGGACUUCACCUUGGAGCAAGAGGAGUUGGCCUUUACGCCGCCGCCACGAAAAUUGGCGCCACAGCAGCAACAGCAGGCGCGUGAGGCCAACUUUGCUCCGGAGAAAUUACGGCGUCUCGGCAUCCAGCAGGUGGAGGCGUUCUGUGAGCUCUGCUGCAAGGAAUAUUGCAACAAAUAUUUUCUACGCACACACAAGUGGAAACGUCAUGGCAUUUUUGUGCCGCCAGAAGAUCUUACCAAGGAGCAGGAUCAGCAAUUGCAGCUGGCUCAGAAAAUGGCCAACUGGCCCUUCAUGAGCCUGCCCGGUGCCAUGCCCCUGAACCUAAUGCUGGCCAACGAGAAGGCCCGCAUGUUGGCAGCGGCAGCCGCGGCCAGCAACAACAUUGUGGAGUCUCCGAGCGAGGACCAGCCAUCUGCCGCCAAACGGAUCAAGCUAGAGCCCCAGGAUGCUGAUGCAAACGAACACUACGAAGGCGCGACCGCUGAGGCCAGCACCCUAGACAAAAUGGAGGCCACUGACAGCUCCACAAUGGGUCUGCAGAACUUGCAAAAACUGCAGUCCAUGUUGCAGCAACUAAAUGAGCUGAAUGGCAAGCGUCCAUUGCCCUGCCACUUGUGUGGUCGCGAGCUCGAGCAUCAAUAUGCGUUGCAGGCGCAUCUCAUGACCGAGCAUGCGGGCAUGAAUCUGGACCAGCCACUGCCCCAGCUCUACCAACACCAACAGCACCAACAGCACCAGCAGCAGCAACAACACGCACAACAGCCACAGCCAACUGUGCCGCUUCCCGCACCGCCCACAAGUGCGAAACUGUCACCGAACGCGGCGGGUUCGCCCGGAUCUCUGCCAAGCGAUUUGCUGCGCUGCCAGCAAUGCGAUCGCGACUUUGUCAAUGCCCAAGAAUUCAAGCAACAUAUCGCCGAGGUACAUCUGCUGCCUGGAAGUCCGCUGCGUGAGGGAUUUUACACGCCCGAGCGACCCAUUAAUGUGGUUGGCGGCCCUACCAUAGCAGCUGCAGGGCCCAGCGUGCCGGCACGUGCUCCCUACACCAUAACCCCGACGAGCAGCUACUGCGAGAUCUGCAACAAGGAGCUCUGCAACAAGUACUUCAUGAAGACGCACAUGCAACGCAUGCACGGCAUUGAGAUUGAGAAUGGCGCCCAAAUCGGCGGAGUCGUCUGCAACAUUUGCAACAAGGAGCUGUGCAGCAAAUACUUCCUGCGCGUUCACAAGCACAACACACACGGCAUCAUUGAGGAGGGUGCCCCGUUGCCGCAGCCACGAGGUGGUGGAGGAGGAGGCGGUGGCGGUGGCGGUGGUAGCGGACAGAACGGCUUGAAGUUCGACGCACAGCAGCAACAACAGCAACAGCUCAUGGAGCAGGAGCUGACACGUGGCCAGAACUUGAGUCCGCAGAACUCGGCGACAGCAUCCACAGUAGCAGGCACACCCAUAGACUCGAGCAGUGGCGGCUCGUCCAGCUACAAUGAGGUCUGUCCGCUCUGUACGCGUCACUUCCGAAGCGCCAAAUGGCUGCGCACACAUCUCAUUAACGACCAUGGAGCCGCUGGUGUCGAGAAAUUGCGCGAACUUGAGCAACCGCCGAGCAACACGCGCAGCAAACCCAACAGUCCCACGCUCAAGAUACCCAAUGGGGUGACAGCCCUCAGUUCGGCAACCAAUCCGGCCAAUCUAGCGCAGGCUCUGCAGAACCUUAACGCUCAGCAUUUGCUUGGCCAAAUGCCCAAGAGCAUGCUGCCGGGCAUGUUUGGAGCAGCUGUGGCCGAGCAGGCGGCACUGCAGUCCCCACGCUUCAAGGAAUAUCAGUGCUCCAUGUGUCCCUUCACCACACCUUACUAUGCAUUUCUCUUCAUCCACGAGCGCUCACAUGCGCUCCUAGGUGGCGGCGACGCCACCAAUAGCCAGGCGGCUCUGGCCGAAGCCGAUGCGACGGCUCAGGCCGAGCUGCCACCAACCGACAGGGCCUUUGCUUUGAUACAGGGCAAAGCAAAGGGCAAGCCACAGCAUCCCGUGCGAACCCACGAGCACGUAGACCAUGUGGAGCCCACUAACCUGAGCACCACAAGCAACCACAGCAACAGCCAGAAGACACGCACACCCACACCCACUACGACACCAUCGCCGAAGGCCACACCAUCACCAACAGCCAUGAGCACCAGCAACAACAACAGCUUGGCAGGAGCAUCGGCUACUCCAGUACCCACAACAAUGGCAUCUCCCAAGCAGCGCUCGACCAGCGUUACGCCCAUACCGAAGCCUGGCACGCCCACCACUCCGCAGAGCAAUGGCGCUGCUCAGAGAUCGGCGGCAACCUCGCCCUUUGAACUCUGCGCCGAGCUGGCCAACGGCAGUGGCAAGCCCGUCAGCUAUGCCAUGCCCGACAAGAGCGACGAGUCAUAUCAGAUGCAGGCCUUCCAUGUGGCACCCGCCGAUGCGGAUGCCGAGGCUGGUGAGCUCUUUGCGCCCGCCAUUGUCUAUUUGCCGGUGCGCACGCGCCUCUCGGAGGCCACCGCCGCCACCUUCACCUUCAAGCUAACGCCAGCCUAG